CGCGCCCUCUCUCUCGCCCUCUCUCUCGCCCUCUCUCUCUCUCUCUAUCUCUCCCUCUUGCUCUCUCGCCCUCGACCCACCCACCCCUACGAGCACCACCACGCCUACGCUCCUCGUCCCUACGCGCUGUCGCUUCGAUACAGGAUAUGCCCGCGUCCGCCUGCGCCGCCUACUCGCACAGCGCUGCCGCUCCAUAGCUACGCCCUCUGAGACGCUAGGCCGACGACACUCCCGAGACGCCCACGACCCCCCUCGGCGCGCACCACCACCAUGACGGGCAUCUCGUCCUUCAAGGCCCACUACAGGCAACCUCCGGCGCGCGCCGCUACCCCUCCGCCGCCGCCCUACGAGCCUCUGUCGCCCAUGCUGCCGCCCAUGGAGCCCUCGACUCAACACCCCGCGGCCACCAACCCGCCCGUCAUGGCCUACACAACCAGAUACCCCAAUGGCCCUGACAAGGCCCUGUCGCCCCUCAAGGACUACAGCCGCGCGCCCUGGGGGACGGUGACGUACGAGUCCCCCCUGCGCGCCGCUCCUCUACCUUUUGCGCAGCCACUCCAGCAGUACGCCCUGGCCCUGACAUCGCCCAUUGAAGCUCUCGCCGAUGCUGCCAUAACCUGGCACCAACCAAGCCCAGCCUGUGUCGAGCCAGCGCGCCGCGCUUCACACGCCACCCUCGUCCAGCCCGUAGGCCAACGCGCCCCAAAACACGCCUACGCAAGAGACGCCUCCUACCCGCACCAUGAGCGACCAGCCAAGCGAGCACGCUCCGAGUUCCAUGGCUCCCCGCCGUACGGGCAGCCCCAGUCGAGGCCGGCCACUAGCCACAUUCCGGGCUGGUCCUACAAUGUCGAGCACAUGGUCGACAGCGGGAUGCGCAUGUACCAAGACACCAGGGCCUCAGCACCACAACAGACUGAGCGCGGCAGCGACAGGCUCUCUGAUGCUCAAUUGCUGCUAGACUUUUUCAACGUCUCUGCCCACACGGCAAAGACCCCGCCCGCGACGGCAAAGCGCCCAAGUCUUUCCUCCUAUCCAGCGCCCUACGAACAAUCCCUACCCUCAAUGCAGCAAACCCACGAGCCCUCAAGCCCAUUUCCACCAGCACCGCAGCCCUUCCAGCUCGAUUCGCAGCCAACGCAAGCACCCCCACAUGUCAAGCCGCCUCCGGAGCCUCCCUUUCAUUCCGCUGGCGUAGCCGAAGCCGUGUCGGCCGCACAAACACACACACCGCCUGAAGAUACUUUCGGCGUCGCACCACAGCCUGCAAUGCAGGAAGCCGCCCCCCCUGAAGAGCCCAAGCCAAAGAAACACCAGGGUUGGCCCAAGGGCAAGCCACGUGGCUCGCGUAGUACUCCGUCGACGAGCAGGCGGAAGAAGUCAACACCAAAGCCGAAAAGCGCGUCGUCUGUGAGCACAUCGGGAGCUCCCGACCAGCUUCAGUCGCCGCAAAGCCUGCCAGCAGAGCAGCCUGCAGCCAUGCCAACCGAUGGCGCCGGCGCUCCAUCACAACCAGCCGGAUCAGCACACGAAGCCACCACCACCACCACCAUCUCGCGAGCCCGCCGCCACUCGUUCUCAAUCCCUGCUUCACCAGUAUCCAACGGCGAUGCUACCUACCCACGCGCAAAGUCUCUCCCCCUCGGCCACCAGCAAGCCCUACUACCAAGCCCGGCUGCUGUACUGCCUCUGCCCACAAACAAGGGUCCCAUGCAACAGCCAGAUCUUAUAUGUGCCGCGUGCAAAUCCUCCGCGUCGGAGAUCAGGGUGGGCGAUGGCGAGCAAUGGAUUGGCUGCGAUGGGUGCAAAGAAUGGCACCACUACGCUUGCGCGGGGUUCAGCAGCGAGCGCGAGGUACGGGAUGUAAACAAGUUUUACUGCGAGCCGUGUAGACCCAAGUUUGGUGAAACAACAAAGGUUCGAAAAUCCGUCAGAGCCCACACAACUGUUGACUACGCCGGCCUAAACGAAGGCGUCCUCAAGACGUCUGACGACAACCCCGAGCACCACUACAUUGCCGCAUUCAAGAACGGGGACAUUGAGUUUACGCCAGAGACCUUCGCACGUAUGCCACCUGAGCUGAUAACGGGCGACUUCCUCGAAAAAUCAAAUGGCUUCAAAGAGCCCAUCUUGAUUCCUGGUUCGUUGAACCCUCGGCCCGAAGGCCCUGCCAAAGAGCACGCUCUUGCACAACCCACAGAGGAUGCCGACUACAUGGCCGAUGAACAACCAAGCUCACACUUUGAGUAUGAAACCACGGCCGACGAUGGCCAGGACAGACUUGACAUGGUCAUCCCGAGGGGUCUGACCGUUCGCCGUGUCGCUGAACUCUAUGGCCCCAACGAACUGGUGCCUGUCAUCGACGUCAAGGCCCAGGAAGGCGAAGGCAAGAAGUGGACCAUGAGUACGUGGGCGGACUACUACGAGCAGCAGGGCGAGAAGCCUGUACGGAACGUCAUCAGUCUCGAAGUGUCAAGGAGCAGGCUGGGCAAACUGAUUCGCCGUCCAAAAGCGGUCCGGGACAUGGACCUACAAGACUCGGUCUGGCGGGAAGACGACAAAGUAGCUCCGCCGCCUGUACAAUUCUACUGCCUCAUGUCCGUCGCGGACUGCUUCACCGACUUCCACAUCGACUUUGGCGGUUCGUCUGUAUACUAUCAUAUCGUCAAGGGCAGAAAGGUCUUCUUCUUCAUUCCGCCGACGAAGCAGAACCUCAAAAAGUACGAAGACUGGUGUCUCUCCCCCAAUCAAGGGCAUGAUUGGCUUGGCAAGCAGGUCAAGGAGUGUUACCGAGUGGACCUAUACCCUGGAGAUACCAUGCUGAUUCCCUCUGGUUGGAUACACGCUGUUUGGACUCCCGAGGACAGCCUCGUCAUCGGAGGCAACUUCCUUACCCGGAUACACUACGGCAUGCAAAUCAAGAUUUUGGAAAUCGAGAAAAACACAAAGGUCGCAUUGCAAUUCCGGUAUCCUUUUUUCCAGAAAAUCAUGUGGCUGACGGCCAUCAACUAUCUCGAGGAAGACCCCAUCCCGGAAUCAGUUCAGCAGCUCCUGCAGAGUGGCAAUCAGUUCCCGCGGUCCACUCCAAUCUACUGCGAGCCCGACAGAUUUGGCCACAACUGCCAUCUCGGGGUAGCCAACUACAACAGACGGUACUACUCAAAGCACGAACUGGAAGGUCUUUCAGAUCUUCUCAACUACAUCUGGAGGACUGUCCUCAUCACAUUGGACAAGAUUGAUGUGCCGCAGAAAACGCGGAGUGCCGUCAACAAAUCGAUCCCGAAAGGCCACGGCGAGCCUGUUGUCCUAGCACGACGCCUCGCCAUGUGGAUCGCUUGGAAGCGUGGUAAUGAGACGAUUCCAUCAUGGGCUUUCCCCGAUGCUAGCCUCCCCGAAGCAUCCGAGUCUGGCGAGAAGAAGUUCAGUGCAGCUCAAGUCAAGAGACUAGAGCGAGAGUCGUUGAACCAGGCGCUACGUGCAACAGCAGAGCGGUCGUCCGCUCGCAUCCGAGCUUCCGAUGCUGUUCCUGAGCAUGUUACGGAACCGUCGCCUGUCAACGACCUGGAAGCUUUCCAUCAAUUCGACACGCUUCCCGCCUCUGGCCCCUUGACUGGAUUCCUACGCCCGUCAGCCAACAACCCGCACAUUACUACCCCGAAGACGUCCCAGCUUGGACCAAAACGAGUUGCUUGCGAUGCCUGCAGGAAGCGACGAAUACGAUGUAAACACAAAGACGAGCUUGUCGACACGUCGAAGCCGGGCAUGCACACAAUCGACCUCUCUGGCUCCUACGGCAUUUCUGUCAAACGCCGCCUCAGCGAUCAUUCAAUAGCCGAUGGCCCGUCGAGCGCGGCCAAUGGUCCCGUAAACGGUGGUCCUAUCAUGGCAGACGUGAACGGGGAUCCGUAUGCGCUCAAGUCUGGUCGAGUCAAGGCUUGUGCUGAUUGCCGCAAGAGCAAGCGUCGCUGCAUACACGACGAGUAUGGCAAUGUCGAUCCUGUCAAAGCAAACGAAGUCCCGAUUCCCCGGGGAUCAGCAUCGAAGAAGCGACGCGUGAGCGAUGAGGAUUCAACAACAAUGGCCAAGAGGAUGAAGCACGAGUCUUCAUUUGACGAUGAAUAUACCAACGGAGGCAUGCAUGCGCGGCACUCUCUGCCAAAUCAGUUCACUGGAGGCUCCUCAUUCCUCCAAGACCUCGCGUACUCGGCGCAGCAGGCACUCGAUCAGAGCCCAGAUGACGAUCUAGUGCCUAUCGACCCGGCACUACAAGCCUACGCCAAUGACAGCUACCAAGAAAUAGACAUGGCACCUUCAUAUCAUCAAAACGGCGAUAACAUAAUGUCAUCGAUCGAAUACCAAAACGGUGGCCCUCUGGCCAUGGAUGGUAUCGAAUUUACAGGGAGGGAGGGCGAUCGGCAUGGCCCUAGUGUUGAGCCACUUACUCCAGGCCCGCCUCCGCACUCAGACACUACUCACGUCCGGACGAACGGCUUCACCUCCAAGCCGACGAAUGUACUCGACUCUGCCCAACGCGACGCUGUUCGUCAUCCGUCAUCGCCUGUCUCACCCAGACACAUCUCCGCCGUCUCUCCAACGGCAAACCCCUACAACCCUUACAGUACCUCGCCCACUAUAAACAACUAUAACAACUUCACAACCAACUCUGAUUUCCCGCCUCCACCAGUAGUAACCCCUUCGGCGGCGAAUAUUCACGGUAGGAGCAGCAAGACUCCCAAAUCUACCCCCGGCGGCCGGAGAAGAAAUAGUAGGGAUGGUAUCAAGCUAGAGUACGGCUUCGGCAUGGGUGCGGGCAUGCUGGGCAUGAUCGAUCCGAACCUCGAUCAGGCGAGCAUCGACCUGAUUAAGCAACUGCAGCAGGAGGAUCUUGGGCUAAGGAGAAGGAGUCGAUGAGGCACUUGUUGCGACCCGUCAGUUUUUUUCAAGGGGGGUUUUUUUUUCACGCAUGCCCCUUUUGGCGUAUCAUUUCGGGUCAUUUGGUUCUUUAUUGGUCAACGAACAUGGCUCCUGGCGUUGAACAAGAUUUUGGGUCUUCUACCAGCUUCGACGCGUUACCUGUUCACAGUAAGGGAAGGAUAUGCGGCGUUUAUGCGGAUUUUGACCCAGGUUGCUUAUACCCAUUGCACUGGGAUAGUGUAUACUGCACCUUUUUUUCUCCUUUCAGAGGGGCGUUUUGCUAUGCCAGCAGCGACUGAGCGAUAUUGAUAUUUCAGGAUUGCAUACGUGGUGCAGAUGUAUUAGUCGUCGUGUGAGCGGAAUAGACAACUGUCAAACAUGCAC